GCUUCUUCUCCAGGCUAAGGAAGAAAAACUGAAAAACCUGGAAAUUUUACUGGGACGAACUUACAUAUGGAGUGCUGUUCACUGGAAAGCAAGAGAGGUUGUUGGAUUGUCAAUACGCCAUUGUGUGAAUUAAAUUCCUUUAGCCGCUGACCUCAUUCCCAGCAAUUAUUUGUACCGAUUUCGACUCGGGUUUUCCCCCUCCUUUGAGAUGAAACCAAAGCAAACUUAUCAGGUUUUCCCAGUUUUGGAUAAAGUUCCAAAUUUUUAGUGUUGUCAAUGUUGGUAAUACUGACGGUCCCUCAUUUUAGCCAUAUCCAUCUUAUAAUCCAUAUUCAAACUUGUAAUCUGUGUUGCGGGACUUCCCUUUUUUCGUUUUUAAAUUUCUUACUUAAUAAUUUCACCUUGAUAUGAGUUGAAUCUCGUUUUGUGCUAAUUUCAACUUUGUAGAUGACAUUGCACUCUAUGUUGACAGCAUGUUCCUUUCGCUAGAGUGUAUUUUUGAAGUUAUUUUUUUUAUCCUCUCUUUAAUUAAACAAGAUUGAGAUACCUCCACCCUCUCAUUGUGGUUAGUAUGAAUCAAUCUCGCCAAAAAAAAAAAUGGGGGAAAAAGAGGAGGCUUUUGUUAUUGAUAGUAAUAUAUUCACCAAUUUGGCAGCACUUUUAAUGUACCAGAAUGAUUUUUUGUUUGGACAAAUCUUUAAAACGGAUCUAUUUUGAAAUAAUAUUAGAAAAAUCGACCUAUUUAGACGAAAAUUAGCAAAAACGACCGUCUUUUGCCCACGUCAGCGCAUCGUGGGUAGAAAACGGUUGAUUUUGCUAAAGGAAUUUUUUAAAUAUACAUGGGACUAGUAGCCCAGUGCAAUUAGUGGGUCUAAUUCAUCCCAAACAGUGCGCACGAGACUAGCAGUCUCGUGUUUUGGGCAAAGACAUUCAACCCAAAAUGAUUUACAUGGGACUAGUAGUCGUGUUUUGGGUUAAGACGUUCAACCCAAAAUGAUUUUAUCGGGACUGCUAGUUGUGUUUUGGGCAGAAACAUUGCGGUGGAAAAAUGAUUUACAUGGGACUGCUAAUCUCGUGUUUUGGGCGGAGAGUUUGCAGCUCAAAAUGAUUUAAUUUCUGGGCCAAAAUCAAAAUGCACGAGACUGGUAGUCCUGUGAAUUUCUUAGGCAGUUCUCAUGUGCACGUUUUAUGUGCAUGUGCACUUGUAAAAAUCCAAAAACCAUCUCUAGUUCUGUAUUUUCUAUACAAAUCCAAAAACCGUCUCAUAUCGAUACAUUUCAUAAUAAAACUAACACAAACCAAAUUUGCAUUUCCUGUAUAAUGACACACCACAAAUUCAUUUCUAAUUCCCACCGCACAUCAUACCACAAACUCAUUUACAAAUCCAAAAACUGUCUCACAUGGAUACAUAUCUUAAUAUAACCCCCUUCUCAUUCCACCACACACAACAAUAAAUAACUUAGCACAAAUAGUUUAAAGUAUACCUCACGUACUCUCUCGAUACAUAUUGGAAUAAAGCCAAGACACAAAUAAUAUACUCCGUAAACUUUGUCUUGUAUCUCGGACAUGUCCUUGUCCUCCUUCUCCACGAUCCCGAGCUUGGAUGAGUUUGUUACUUGGUUGCGUUUGUGGUUGGGACGCCUACAUGUUGCGAAGGUCUAGCUUCAUCGUUAUUCGGUUGAUUUUGUUAUUCGAUUGCGUUUGUGAGAUGUGAGCUGUGGACGAGAGGUUGGUGGACUCAGAAGCGAUGGUGGACUCUGAGGUAGCCUUGGAUGUGAGCGGUCAAGGCAAGAGGUGUCGAUUUGGGGGCAAGGAGAUAGGGAUCAGAGAGGUUAGGGCACGAGAAGGGUAAGAAGGAGAGAGAGAGAGAGUCACAAGGUGUGAUGAGGAAGAGAGUCAUGGGCGGGUGUUUAUAUAUGGGGGAAAAGUAUACAGCACUGCUAGUCCCAUCUAAUUCUUGCUACCCGUCUAAUUCUUGCGCGUAGCGCUUCAUAAUUACACGAGACUACUAGUCCCGUGUAAUUUAUAACUUAUUUUUGCGACUUUGAUCUCUUUUUGGCUAGCUGUGAUGAGCUAGUCAAAAGGAGGUCGUUUUUGCUAAUUUUAGUAUGAAUGUCAAUUUUGCUUAUAUUGUUUUAAAAAAGGUUAAUUUUAAAAAAUUCUCCUCCUUGUUUUAACUUUCUACCUAAAGUUCGUCAGAGCCUUACACAGACCGUCAGGCUGUACUCAAUAAUUAGACUUCGCUACUUCUGAACGUGUGUGAAUGAAAUCAUCCGAGAUUAGUUUGGUGUGAUGCACGAAAAAGUGUUGAUCUCCGUUAGUAAUGUAGAAGGUUCAUCUUCAACUGACGCGAAAAAGUGUUGAUCUCCUUUUGCAUUUGCACCAAAGUUUGGUGUGAUGCACGAGUUUUGUGCAUCAUGCCAACUUUUUUUUUAAUGGUCAACUCGUUACCAGAAUGAAUCACGAAAAGCUAUAUGAACUGCCUAGAAGAAAAGGUUUAAUGCUGGAGCUUUCGAGAAGUGUGUUUUGUGCAGUACAGAGUACAAGCGUCAAAGCAUCUUCAAAGGGUGUAGACGGUGGAAGGUCGGCCGUCGAUCUGUUUUGGUUUUUUGAAAAAACAAAAAUUAAAAAAUAGUGCAGGGGUAGCUGUCAUCCAUUAUUGUUUUAUGGGCCCACUGUAUUGCUUCCGAUGGCUUUGUUUUAAAAUUAUCAGAAUCGUUUAUUUGCUCUCAUAAACAAAAAAGACAAAAAAGAAAAAAAAGAAAAAAAAAGAAAAAACAAAGAAGAAAAAUUUGUGCGUGAUAUUUCUGGAUAACCAACUGAGCAUAAAAAAACAUUGAAUCUUUUGGUAAGUUCAGACGCGCAGGAAAACAAAUGAGGAUACAUUACAAACAAAAUAUAUUGCAGUUGAGACAUGACUGUCACAAUCAAUUGUACAAUUAAUAAUUUGGUUAUGCGUCCAUGUAUAUCAAUCUCCUGAUUAAAUUAGUGUAAGAAUUCUGUUAUUAUCUCGUAAUUUAGUUACAUCCCACCUUUCUAGAAUCCACAGGUACCCACCCGUUUCAGUUUUCCCCUUAAGUAAUUACGGAUUGUUAGGGAGACGUUAGCAAUAAAAGCCAUUGCUAAGUUUUUGGUGGAAAUAAACAAAAACAAAAACGAUUCCAACUAAAAUUAGAGUAAUUAUGAAUAACAAGCUAGUAAAAAAAUCUAAUAAACUAUGGGAGGUGACCUCAUCCAGGCUCUCUGUCCCAAGCUCACGGGCAACAACAGUGAGAAUUUAUGUAGCUCGUCAGUACCCUGUCAUUUUUCCUCGCCUCGUGCCAAACAAAUUUUAAAGCCCAGCCCUGGCUUUCGCCGAUACGCGAAGCUUUGCCUCUCAGUAUAAACCCGAUCUUUUAUUAAUGCUUUUAUUUUGGCUGUGGGUGUUCGAGUGGAGCAUGGUUGGUAAAUAAAAGAUUUAAAACAUCAAAUAAUAAUAAAGUAAAUGUGACGUAGCAUUCAUUAUCCAUGCCUGGUUUGUUUACACUAAUCCUAUUUUUGGUCGGUAACAGCACCUUUACCAUUUAUUUAUAUGUCUACUGCUCUGCUCUGGAUCACUGUAGUGUAACCUCAAAGCCUGAAACAAGCCGAGAGGAGGCCAUGAGGAAAAGAGCUGCAUACAGGGGUCACAUCUUAUAAAGGCAAAGAAAAUCCCUCCCCUUCUUUCUUUUGAUUUCUUCAACAAUUACUUCGAGUUGGGUUUGUAUAGUUCUUUUUGUGUUGUUCUUCACUCUUCUUCGUCUAGCUGGAACUACUAACCUGCACUCGUACUUCAGCAAUCUUUUUUCAACGUGUUAUGUUUCUUAGGUAGGGGCUUUCUUCUUGUUUCUUUUUGCUUGGUUAAAUCAGCAAUUUUGGGUCAGAUUUCCACAGAGUUUUGAUUAAUGGGUGCUACCGUUUGGUACUUUCCCUUGUUAUUCUUCACUACAAUUCCAUUAACCUAUGCUUUGAACUCUGAUGGAGAGUCCUUGCUUUCCCUUGCCAAGAAUUUCAAGCUUCCACCCUCCAUUAACUCCACUUGGAACUCUUCAGACCCAACUCCAUGCAAAUGGGUAGGAAUCCGUUGUGAUAGGUUCCACAAUGUGAUCUUUUUAAACUUGCCACAAAGUGAAAUCUCUGGUUCAUUAGGACCAGAGAUUGGGCUCCUCAAACAUCUCCAAAUACUUGAUCUUGGCAACAACAGCCUCACGGGUUCGAUCCCGUCUCAAUUGGGCAAUUGCAGCUUUCUUAGAUACAUUGAUCUUUCUGUCAAUUUGUUCACUGGUGAGCUUCCUGGGUCUCUCGAGAGUCUCAAGAGAUUAUCCUAUUUGUCCCUUUUUAGCAAUUUCCUUGGUGGGAAGAUACCAAACUCGUUAUUUCAGCUUCGGCGUCUUGACACAAUCUUUCUCAACCAAAAUAAUUUCACUGGUCCUGUCCCAAAUAGCAUUGGAAACUUGACUCAACUCAAAAUCCUUUGGAUGAGUAACAAUCAGUUAUCAGGGUCCUUGCCUGACUCCGUCGGAAAUUGCACUAAGUUAGUCGAGCUCUAUCUCGAUCACAAUCAGCUCACUGGGCCACUUCCAGAGACCUUAAACAAAAUCAAAGGCCUUACCUUCAUGGAUGCCAGUAGUAAUUCUUUUACCGGGAAGAUUCCUAUGAUACCAAGCAGUUGUCAGGAUCUUCAAGAGUUGUAUGUGUCAUAUAACCAAUUUGAAGGGAAUAUCCCAACUGGGUUAGGAAAUUGCAGUAGUUUGACAUCGUUCGAUGUAGUUAACAAUAAGUUAUCAGGAGAAAUUCCAUCUUCUAUUGGUUUACUGACCGAGCUUUCAGUUCUUUACUUGUCUAUGAACUCUCUGUCAGGCUCGAUUCCUACUGAAAUUGGGAACUGCACAUCUCUGACGGAUUUGCAACUGUAUCAAAAUCAGCUACAAGGGGCCAUUCCAAAUGAAUUGGGCAAGCUGACUAACUUGCAGAGUUUAUUUUUGUUUCGGAAUAAUCUGACAGGAGAGGUUUCUAUUGAUAUUUGGAGGAUCCAGACCCUUGAGAAUCUUCUCAUUUACAGCAACAGUCUCUCAGGGAAGCUGCCAUUAGAGAUAACUGAGCUAAAGAAUCUAAAGAACAUCUCGCUGUUUAAUAACAAGUUCACUGGAGUCAUCCCUCAAGGCUUAGGGAUCAACAGUAGUUUAGUUCAAAUUGAUUUCACUAACAAUAGUUUUACUGGGGACAUUCCUCCUCAUAUUUGCUUUCAGAGAAAGUUAGUGGUUUUUAACCUUCCAUUCAAUUUUCUGCAAGGAAGCGUGCCUCUUGAUAUUGGGAACUGUUUGACUUUGAGACGGCUAAGAAUUGAUCAUAACAACCUAACUGGUUCUCUUCCUGCAUUUGGGAAAGGUUCAAGUUUGGUAUAUAUGGACUUGAGUGUGAAUAAUUUGAAUGGCUUUAUCCCUCCAACACUUGGAUACUGUGAGAAUCUCACUAAGAUUAAUUUGUCAAGGAACAGACUUUUUGGCCCUAUACCUCGAGAAAUUGGCUAUUUGGUUUGUCUUCAAGAAUUGAAUGUCUCCUACAAUGGUUUAUAUGGUCAGCUUCCACAAGAAAUUUCACAGUGCUCCAAUCUAUUUGCUUUGGAUGUGGGUUCAAAUUCUCUAAAUGGUUCGAUUCCUUCAAGUCUAACUAACCUAACUCUUCUCUCUCGGUUGAUUCUUGAAAGGAAUAAGUUCAGUGGAGGAAUUCCAGGUUUCUUAUCACAAUUCAAAAAGCUUCUCGAGCUAAGACUUGGAGGAAAUUCUUUCGGAGGUACUAUCCCUUCAUCUUUGAGUACAUUACAGAAUCUUGAAGCUCUAAAUCUUAGCUUAAAUGGACUUGUUGGAGAGGUCCCCAAUCAGCUUGGGAACCUGAAUAGACUGCAGAGUUUGGAUUUCUCUCUCAACAAUUUGACAGGAAGCCUUAAAUCAUUGGCUUAUCUAAUUUCGUUACUCGAGGUGAAUGUUUCUUAUAAUCACUUCACUGGUCCAAUACCAGAGAAAUUAAUGAAACUUGUUAUCUCCAAUCCAACCUCUUUCUUGGGCAAUCCCGAUCUUUGUAUCUCUUGUCAACCUGAUGAUUAUUCAUGCGUAAAGAUUUCUCCUUUAAAACCAUGUAGUACAUCGAAGAAAUCAAAAGGCCUCAGCAAGCUUUAUGUUGUGGUAAUAAUUAUUGGCUGUUCACUGUUGUGUUUCUUGGUGUGUCUUGUGUUGGGUUGUGUACUACUAAGGCUUAAAAGUGGCGAGCCAGAGGAGAGGACGCCUUCUUUGCAGCAAGGGUUAUCUUUAUUACUUACCAAAAUUAUGGAGGCAACCGAUAACUUAAAUGAAAAGUAUGAAUUGGGAAGAGGAGCGGAUGGAAUAGUGUACAAAGCUUCUCUAAGCCCCGAUAAAGUCUAUGCGGUAAAAAAGCUUGUUUUUGAACCUCAGAAGGAAUCAAACAUGAGCAUGAUUAGAGAAAUUCAAACAGUGGGCAAUAUCAGACAUAGGAAUUUAGUGAAAUUGGUAAACUUUUGGUUAAGAAGUGAUCAUGGACUAAUACUGUACGAGUUCAUGGAAGGGGGAAGUCUUCAUGAUGUUUUACACGAGAUGAAGCCUCCACUGAUUUUGGAAUGGAAUGUGAGAUAUAAGAUUGCACUUGGAACUGCUCACGGAUUGGCUUAUCUUCAUGAAGAUUGUGAUCCUGCUAUUGUUCAUCGUGAUAUAAAACCCAAAAACAUACUUUUGGAUUCGGAAAUGGAGCCUCAUAUAUCAGAUUUUGGCAUUGCGAGGAUCAUCGAUCAAAUGUCUUCUGCCUCCUCUCAAUCUACUGCCAUCGUGGGCACCAUUGGCUAUAUGUCUCCAGAGACAGCAUUUUCCACCCGAAAGAGCAAGGAAUCAGAUGUUUAUAGCUACGGCGUGGUCUUACUCGAACUGAUAACAAGAAAGAGGGUUUUGGAGCCAUCUUUUCCUGAGGACACCGACUUAGUGAGCUGGGUGCGCACAACCUUGGAUUCUAGUGAUGAUAUAGAAUUAGUUGUUGAUCCCAGUCUUAUGGACGAAAUCAUUGCAUCUGUUCAAUUACAAGAACAAGUUCAUGGAGUUCUUCUGUUGGCUUUGAGAUGUGCUUCAAAGGACGUAAGCGAAAGGCCAUCGAUGAGAGAGGUUGUUAAAGAACUAACUGAUAUCACGUCAAAUGCUACUAGUUUGCUGAAAGAGGCAAGGACUGUAAAUGCAAGGGUUGGAAAAUGAGGUCAUUAUCUUGCUCAUUAUUUUUAAUCUAUGCCCAUGAGCAGUUAACCACUAGGAUUAAGAUUAGGCAUAACCUUAGUCUCACUUGGAGCUAUAUAUGUACUUAUUAAAAGCUCAUGUAUGCAUUUCCAUCGGAAAAAGGGCUCGUGUAUGCAAUAUAUUGAGGAUGGAAUGAGAUUGUCUUUUAUAUGAAGACUUUG